AUGGAGCAGCUAGAGGAAGGAUUUGUGCCGGAUUUUGAGCAUGUGGCUGAAGGAGGCGAGGUGUCUAGCAGGGGAAGUGUUAUCAGGCAGGCAGGAGAAAAGACAUAUAUAUCAGUGAAUGAGAAGGUGAAUGAAUGGAACACGAGGUUUUUUAGUUUGGACAGGGUAGUGAGUGGAUUGAAGAGAAAGAUAGCUACUUUUGAUUACUUAGAGGGGAUUAUAGCAGUGGGAUAUGAUAAUGGAGCUAUACAGGUCCAUUCUAGCAAAGUGAAUACGUUCCGGCCACAUUCGAAGAGAAUAGUAAAGAUGAUGAUUGUUGAAGGAAGUGUUAUUUCGGCAUCUGUGGAUGGUAGUAUUGCACACUAUGAUCUUGUGGGAGAGGAGUUGAGGAUGUUUUACGAAGGGAACGAGGCGAGUGUGGAGGGAAUGUCAGCAAAUGCAAGGUUUGUUGCGGUGGGAUGUGCAGAUAACAUGCUUCGUGUGUGGGAGUAUGGGUUCAAGGCAAUCAUGAGUGUGCAUGUGUUUGAGAAGCCCAUAAAGGAUGUGCAUGUGCAUGAUGCCGAUGUGGUUGUGUUUUUCAAGGAUGGCGACUGUGUUUUAUACAUGAUUGAAGAGAAGCGGGUUGCAGAGCUUGGACGAUUUAAGAAGCUACGAAAUACGAAGGCCAGAGGAACGAGGGUUUAUAUACAAUGUAAGUCGAACAUGUAUGUAUAUGAGCUAAGUGUGACGGAGAAGGAUGAAGCAGGAAACCGAAGUGCUAGCUUGAAGCAUGUGAAAAAUAUUGCGAUAAGUGAUAGAUAUGUGGACUUUGAUACAGCUGGGGACAACAAGCUGGUGUUUGCAUGCGCUGACAACAGCUGGGAGUGUGUUGAAGAAGCAAGGAUAGACAGUUUUGGCUAUCAUAGAAGUGAAAUACUGAGCCUUGAGGUCUAUGAAGGGAAGCUGAUUACUUUUUCGAAGGACAGAGUGAUUUUCUGGAGGGCUGAUGGAGAAGAGCUUGAAAUGACGGACAGUAUAAGGAUAACGAAUGGAAAAUGCAUGUGCUUGUGGAACAAUGAGGCAGUGAUUGGAACGGAUGGAGGAAUGAGUGUGUAUUCUUUACGAAGCCAUGAUGUGAUUAGAGAAGAAGCAGUAGGGCGAGUAUCAGCAGUCUGUACGGAUGGAUUAAGGCUGUUUGUGGGGAUAGAGAAUGUGUUGAUGGUUUAUGAUAAAAAUUAUGAAGAGAAAGACAGGAUGGAUGUAGAUGAGAUAAUCUGCUCGAUGGAGGUGUCAAUUGAAGGUAGGAUCCUUUGCUUAGGGCUGCUGAACAGUAAAGUUUACAUAUACGAUCUGAAUGAUAUGAGUGUAAGGCUUACGUUGUAUGGGCAUUCGCUUCCGGUAAGAUCGAUGAAGGUUUCGCCUGAUGGAUCUGAGCUUCUUACGUGCGGAGCAGACAGAGUAGUAAAGAUGUGGGGAAUGCAGUUUGGAGAGUGUAGAAAGAGUUUUAUUGGAGAUGCAAAGAAUGUGGAGUACUUGAGCAAUGAGCUGUUUAUGUUUGCAUCUGGAAAAGUGCAAUAUUUCAAGAGAUAUGACAAGCUGAAGGAGUAUAAGCGUCAUGAGUCGAGUCUUGUAAAGGUAGUAGGAGACAGCAUGAUCUGUUGUGGAGCAUUUAGUGUAAAUGUGUAUAAGAUGAGCAAGUAUGAGCUGCAGGUUGAUGAUGAGAGUGAAGAGGAAGAGGAGGAGGUAAUUAGGAUGGCAAAUGUGGUAGACUAUAAGGGGCAUGAAAGAUUUAUGGAGUGUGUUGAGCAGCUUAGAAACAGCACGGGCAAUGAGAUUGAGAUGUUCUUUGAGGUGCUUAUGGACGUUGAUUUUUGCGAGCUGGAUAAGUUUUUGUGUUUGAUGAGCUCACUGGAUGUUAUGCAAGUGAUGGAUGCAUUGGAUAAGUGUAUUGAGUGGAACGGAGUGCUGGCUGCAAGGGCAUUUAUAUCUCUUGUAAGGUUGCACAAGGAGGUGUGCAUCAGCCAUCCAAGGUUUGAAGAAAUACUUGGCAGGGUUACAGAUGGAGUAAAAAGCAUAAGGAAAAGGGUUGAUGCGAAUGAGGCAUGGAUGCUUGUGAGCAAAAGCAUUUGCGAUGGAUGCGUGGCUGAUGAGUAG